AUGAGCGGGUUUCCGAUACCGAGACCUGAGUCAACUCACCAUCGACUCUACGAGUUCGCUAAAUCUGCCAUCAUUAAAAUCUUUGCUCAUCCCUAUGCCACUGUUUGCGAUUUGUACUGUGGAGGAAUGGACAUAGAGAAAUGGGACGCUGCUCAAAUCACUCACUACAUCGGAAUUGAUGUAGAAUCAUCAGGAAUAAGUGAAAUAAAAGAAACAUGGGAGAAUCUGAAGAAAAAUUAUACUGCUGAUUUCUUUCAAGCUGACCCUUGUUCUGAAACUUUCAAAACCCAGUUGCAGGAAAAGGCCAAUCAAGCUGAUUUAGUUUGCUGCUUGCAGAAUUUGCAGCUGUGUUUUGAGACUGAGGAGAGUGCGAGGAAACUUCUACAUAAUGUGGCGUCGCUGCUUAAACCAGGGGGUUAUUUUUUUGGUAUUACUCCUGACUCAUCUACCAUAUGGGCAAAGUACCAAAAGAAUGUUGAAGCAUACCACAACAGAAGCAGCAGCAUGAAGCCAAACAUUGUUCCCAAUUGCAUUCGAUCAGAGAGCUACAUGAUCACUUUUGAAGUUGAGGAAGAGAAGUUUCGAUUAUUUGGGAAGAAAUACCAGUUAAAAUUUGCUCAUGACAUCUCUGCCGAAACCCACUGCUUAGUACAUUUUCCAAGCUUGAUAAGAUUGGCCAGGGAAGCUGGUCUGGAGUAUGUGGAAAUCCAGAACUUGACAGAAUUUUAUGAUGAUAAUAGAACGCAAUUUGCAGGUAUGAUAACCAAUGCUGGUCCGAACCUUGUGGAUCCCAGAGGGAGACUUCUUCCUCGAUCAUAUGAUGUUUUAGGCCUAUAUACUACAUUUAUAUUUCAAAAGCCUGACCCAGAUGUUGCUCCCCCUCUUACCACCCCAAUAUUACAGAACGAUGGUUACAAUCAUGAUGAGGCAAGUUUUUCUGAUUUUAGCCAAGGCUACAACGAGUGCAUCCUAAUGCAAUGCAGCAUGAAUGAUAUUGUUGCUUUUGAUGUUCAGAGCGAGUGGCAAGCAACCGAGUGGCAACAAACCCUAUGGAGAGAUGAUGAAAAGAUUGCACAUCCAGAGCCACCACCGCCUCCACCUCCACCUCUUGGACUAGGAAAGAUAAGUGAACAGAAGGGGAUAUUGGGUCCUGGCCCUGCAGAUUUACGUUUCUCAGAGGCAAUUUGA